ACCGCUAACUAAGGGGAAGAAGAAAACGACGACGAAGAAGAAAAAGAAGAACAAUACGAAAGGAGACGCAUAGAACCGCAGUUAAUCUUUCUGAACUACAACAAUGCAGUUGGCUUUAAGUAAAACAUUUGGUCAGAAGCCAGUUAAAUUUCAGUUGGAGCAGGAUGGCGACUUUUACAUGGUUGGUUCGGAGGUGGGAAACUAUUUACGUAUGUUUAGAGGCUCCUUAUACAAAAGAUAUCCAUCGUUAUGGAGGAGGUUGGCCUCUGUGGAGGAGAGGAAGAAAAUUGUGGCGUCAUCACAUGCCACCAGUGUUACGCUGCUGAAGGCGUCAGAGUGUGAAGAGAUCUUUGAAGGCAAUGAUGAGAAAUACAAGGCAGUGUCCAUCAGCACGGAGCCCCCGCUGUACCUGAGGGAACAGAAAGCAAAGAGAAGCAGUCAGUGGGUCCCUACGCUGCCAAACAGCUCCCACCAUUUAGAUGCAGUGCCUUGUUCCACGACCAUCAACCGCAACCGCAUGGGUCGGGACAAGAGGAGGACCUUCCCACUGUGCUUUGAUGAUCAUGAUCCUGCAGUGAUCCAUGAGAAUGCUGCUCAGAUAGAGGUGUUGGUACCCAUCCGCCUUGACAUGGAGAUAGACGGGCAAAAACUCAGAGAUGCCUUCACGUGGAACAUGAAUGAAAAACUGAUGACCCCAGAGAUGUUUGCAGAGAUUUUGUGUGAUGACUUGGACUUGAAUCCUUUGGCCUUUGUCCCUGCCAUCACAUCAGCCAUACGUCAACAGAUCGAGUCGUACCCGACUGAUAGCCUAUUAGAGGAGCAGGCAGACCAGAGAGUCAUUAUCAAGCUCAACAUUCACGUAGGAAACAUCUCUCUGGUAGACCAGUUUGAAUGGGACAUGUCAGAACGUGAAAACUCUCCUGAGUCGUUUGCACUGAAGCUGUGCUCUGAACUCGGUCUUGGGGGAGAAUUUGUUACCACGAUCGCCUACAGCAUUCGAGGACAGCUCAGCUGGCACCAAAGAACAUAUGCCUUCAGUGAGAACCCGCUUCCCACUGUCGAGAUUGCCAUCCGUAACACAGGCGACGCCGACCAGUGGUGCCCCCUUCUAGAGACACUCACAGAUGCUGAAAUGGAGAAGAAGAUCCGAGACCAAGACAGGAACACAAGACGUAUGAGACGACUGGCCAACACUGCUCCAUCUUGGUAAGGCAAGAAAGCACACCUGAUGAUCUCCUUCAUUGACCAGACGUUUUCCAGACGAUUGAGGAUGCUCAACCAUGAAUACUCCAGAAGUGUUUUUUUGUGUGUUGUUUUUUCCAUCAUGAACAUAUUCACAUGUAGUCUGUGACUGGAACAUAUGUGCACAGCCAAACAAAUCAGCUUACACUUUUUUUCUUGCCACAUUACAAUUUCAAUUGAUGAUGCAAUCAACCUUCAUGGUUAUUUCUCUCUGAUAAUGAAGAUACCCCAAAUCAAUGUAUGAAAUCACUUGACCUUCUUUCAUCUUUACAAUUUGUCUAAGAAUAAGAUAAUAAUGAAUACAUUGUUUUUAAAAGGGCUUCUUUAAACACCUUUUAGUUUGGGAAAUCAAUAACUCUGUUACCUCAAAUGUCAGACAUAUAUCAAACAACUCACUUCCGUCCUAAACAAAAAUAUAAAACAUGUAGUUUAAAAAAAUUACCCUUUUGAAGACCUUUUUGAUCAAAAAAUGUCAGUUUUAAAUUAGUUAAAUAACUAAUUUUAUGCAAAUGUUUACUGUUUCAAAACUGACAUUUAAUCAAAAUACCUUUUUAAAUGGUUACAACAGUUAUGAGUAAAUGAUGCUUUACUGAGUAUAUGGCACACUCACUAGCUGUAUUGACACCACUGAUACUGUGUUAAGUGUCUCAUAAUAUUCAAUUGACAUCUACUGGAUUCAUAAAGUAUUUGCAUUUCACCUGCAAAUACAAUUAAUUGUUAGCAAAUGACAAUAGCUGCACACAAAUGCAAACAGGUGCAGCUAUGUUCAAUGACCCAAACAGUAUUGGGGGGAGCAUUCAGCUUAUUUGGUGCUAUUAGAUCAAAAUGAUUCCUUUCCUUAGUUCGAUUUAGAUGGAUGGUAGUGACGAAAACCAACGUCAAACAUGGCACGCCAUUCAUCCAACUUCUUUUAAAACAAGCGGUCACUUGUGAGCCGAAAGUAGCGCUUCCUGAUAAACUCAGUUUAUUGCUUCACAGUCAAACGAUCAGGCUUUUUUUUUUCCUUAAAGUGACACACGCAUUGAGGGAUACGGUAUCACUCCUGGUGUAUCAUGAGACAACAAUGCUCUGCUAUCGUUUGACCCUUGACUAGGUUCAAAUAAAAAAAGUUAAACAUUUUUACAUUUUUGGUAUUUUUUUAGGGUUGAAAUUGAGAGAUUUGAUCCAAAAGAUCAAUACAAAUAUGAAUCCAUAAUGGUUUUUAUGCCCUUUGAUAAACGAAAGAUAGGAAAGACUUACAUCGUUUAGCUUUGUUGUAUUGUGUAGUAACAACCAGUGUACAUGGGUAAAACAUGGGUAAAACAAUGGUACGUCAACAAUUUAACAUUAAAAACCCUACAAAAAUCAUGUAUAAUGAAGUAACACAAAUGUAGUCAAACAAUAUUAACCAAGAUGCCAAGUAUUGAGGAAAAUUAUGCAACACCAUGCUCAAAGAGUAUUUGAAAAAUAAUAUUCCAAAACAUUGUAACUUUCAACUCGCCCAGUUCAAAACUCGACAUUACUUUUUUUCCCGAGUAAUUAUUUCGGGAUUUACUAGAACGUUUCAGGUGAUAGUCAUGUUUCAAGAUCCUCUAAGCAAUGGUCUGACCUUUUCUUUAAGCACCUGGACACCAACUGGGAGUUUUUUGUUUUUUUAUAUAUAAAGGUAUGUUGGGAAUUGUUUUGCUUGUAGAUUAUGUACUGUACAGUGGAAGAGCUUGUUUCAAAUUCUUCUGAUAUCCUUCCUGACACAUUUAUCAACAGUGUUCCUUCUCAAGCCCUCUGAUCUCUGAGGAGGUUGCCAGAAUGAAAUUCUCACUUUAUUGAUGAAGAGCAAAAGUAAACAUUACAUGUUGGGCUGACUUAAGAUUUUCCUCAAAAUAUUUUGUUUUUAUUAAAUACAUUUCACAAAUACUUGAAGUGUUCCCAUCCUAAAUCAACUUUUUGAGAAUCAUGUGCAAGUUAAAAAAUCCUUGUUUUCUUUUUUAUGACACUUCAAAGAAAUGUGUGAGAAGAUUUUUUUGUUUUCAGGGGAGCUAAAGACCUAACUCAGUCACUGCCCCUUCUGCUCUUUCCACUUCACAAACGGUUGAUUCCAUGCUGCAUUCUCCAACAUUCAUCCUAUUAUCCAUCCAUUCUACCACGUGUCCCUUUUUGGGGUCGCGGAGCCUAUCUCAGCUGCAUUCAGGCGGAAGGCGGGUUACACCAAGUCACCAUCUCAUUGCAGGGCCAACACAGAUAGACAACAUUCACACUCACAUUCACACACUAGGGCCAAUUAUAUUCAAUUUUUUUUUUUGCUGCAAACACUAGCACCUACACUUUAAAAGAAAUUGGCAGCGCCGUCACCUAAAAAUUACAAUAGUACUGUUUUCCAUUUACAGUAAUGCACUGUAAGAACAACCACUAUAUAUUUUAUGGUAAAAUACUGGCAGCUCGGUUGCUAGUAUUUUAUCAUGGAAAAAAAGUGCUACUGUUUUCUAUUUGCAUGAAUAUACUCUAAAAAGAAAAAAAAACUAGAUUUUACAGUAAAAUACUGGCAGUUCCGUCACCAAAUGUUUACUAUAAAAAUAACAAUAGUACUUCAGUAAUCUAUGGCUGUAGCUGUUACUGUAAAAAGGUGUCGCUCAGUUGCCAGACUUUGACUGUGAAAAAUGAAAGAGCAGUUAUUUGAUUUACAGUAAUGCACUGUUGAAACUACCAUAGAGUUUACAUUUAAAAAACUGGCAGCACAGUCAGAAUUUUAACCUAAACAUAAAAAUGAUACCGUAAAAUAUUGGCAACUGAGAUGCCAGUUUUUUUUAACCUUAAAAUCUACACUUGUUUCUGUUUUUUCAACAGGGUAAUCAUAUGACGGGGCAAGUUUUCAUGCAGCAUGGGGGUGUGGUACUCUGAAUUAAUGAGUUGAGAAGGUCAAAUCUGUUGAAGUUCAGCUCAUUUAAUCCUCCUACCAUCUCUUUUGGAGGUGGUACCUUACUUUAAGCUUCAUCCCGUCCUACCCUCUGUCUCGUCAUUUUGCAGACUGCUCCAAAUUUUUCUCUGUACUGCUCUUUGGCCUGCCUUCUGCUGGACUCUUUCUGUAAAUUGAAAUUGAUAUGCAUGCUUAAAAUCAAGUUAGCUCUGUGAAUGUUAUUCUGUAUACAUCCUCGCAAUUGUCUGGGUUAGGGUUUAAACGCAAUUAAACACUGACCUUUUAUGUUGA